CCAUCCCCAAACUCACCUUGCGGAUAAGCUUUCCAUUCAGCCAUCUCUCACCGUUUUCCGAAACAAGAAAGGCAUAAAAAACAAGAAUAUUUGUAAAACUAUCUACAAAGAAUGAUUUUUAUCAAGCUUUUUUCUCACCCAUCACCCUGAACAUCACCUUAGUUGCCUCUCUAAUCCUCUUUUUCUUUAUAUUUUUGUCUUCUUUUAAAAGGGUUCGCGAGAGAGUGAGACAGAGGGAGAUAGAAUGUCUGUGUUAGCAGCGAAUUCUCAUAUUCUGUACAGGGAAGUAUACCAGCGAGAGCAACAACAACAGCAGUACUUACAAAGCAGUGGGAGCUUUUUGCUUUUGCAAAGAAGUUCUGGGUGCUGGGCUGAUCGUAGAAACAGAGACUGCAAGAAGAUUUUGAGAAGAGAUACCAGAGCCGACGCUUUUUGGCCGGAUUUGUCAAGGCCCACUACGGUGGAGAUGGAACCCAUCAACGAUUGUGAUCAUCUCGAUCAGAUUCUACUCCAUGCAAAGCAGCUCUCCCAACCCAUUCUCAUCGACUGGAUGGCUACUUGGUGCCGCAAAUGCAUCUACUUGAAGCCUAAAUUGGAGAAAUUGGCUGCUGAGUAUGAUACCAAAGGCAAAUUUUAUUACGUGGAUGUGAAUAAGGUACCUCAAGCUCUAGUGAAGCGUGGAAACAUCUCUAAGAUGCCAACAAUUCAGCUAUGGAAAGAUGGAGAGAUGAAAGCAGAAGUAAUUGGAGGGCAUAAGGCAUGGCUUGUGAUCGAUGAAGUUAGAGAAAUGAUCCAAAAGUUUGUCUAAUGAUCCAAAUUCUUGUAUAUAGGCUUUUUUUUUUUCUGCUCUUUUAUCAUGCAGUCAUGCGUACAUCAUAUAUAUAGCAGAGCAAUAUUUCGUUUCA